GGAAUACGUGAACGGGAAGUGAUGUAGUCAACAUGGAAACUUGUAAACAAGAAUAUUUUAAUAAAUUUUGACUUUAUACUACUAAAUAUUCAACUAUGGGUAGCGGUUGCAGUUCGGUGAACUCUCAUGCUUCUUUCAAUGUUGAUGCACCUUUGAAUUCAAAGACCAGAUCAGUGUCAGCAUUGAAGAUAGCAAUUGUGGGAGAUGCUGAGGUUGGAAAAACGAGUAUCUUACUGAGAUACAUUCGUAACCAGUUCAGUCCACUGUACAUUCCAACAAAGAAACCACUCAUUGAAAAUGUUGUUAAGAAACUCAACCUGCCGAGUCAUUCCUUGACGUCCGUGACAUUUUGGGAUAUUCCUGGACGUGAAGACAUUAACUUGUACAGAACCUACUUUAAAAAUUUGGAUGCGGCCAUUGUGGUUGUCGAUCUGACGGAUCCUGACAGUAUUUCCAUGGGGAUGGUGUGGAAACAGAUAGUUCUCAACAACAUGUUCUACACUGGUCAUGGUGCCGAGACCGGCGACACUGAUCCGGGUUCUCGGAAGAUUCACGUCACCACAGAGACGUUCCCCGUCAUCCUCCUCGGUACCAAGUAUGACAUAAUUGAAAGUAAAUUCAAAGAAGAGGGUAAACAUUUUUUUCCAGCAGUUCAACAUGGUAAAGUUCAGCUACUAAAAUCUGAAAAAUCUUCUGAAGAACUCCAGAACAGACCUGUUGAAGAGAAGCCCGAGUGUAUUCAUCAUAUGGAAAACAUGGCUAAAGAACAUAACUUUGUUGGAAGUGUGGUGGUGUCUGCGAGAGAUGGUGAUGGUGGUGUCCAUUCAGCCAUUCAGAGUUUUGUCCGACACAUUCUGGAAAAACACCACAUGCCAAGACGGUGGCAGACACCCGAGAAGAAAAAAGUGGUUACAGUUGAAGAAAAGAAUGUUGGGAAGUUGGAAAAGACUCAGAUCAAAGAGGUGGAUGAUGCAUUCAAUGAACCAGAACUAUUAAGGUUAAUCAGGAGGGAGGAAGUGCUGUGCACUCUGAAUAAGAAAUCCCAGCGCAAGUUCCAGGAUCUUUGUCUUCAAGGAGAGCUGGUUGAGAAGGAGGGAAACAGCCUUGAAGACUGCAUCGUGGGCUUGAGAAAUUUCUUAAAGGAUUCAAAAUUUAAAAUCCAGCUGGUGGAGGAUUCUGUGUUUUGCAAACUGCAGAUCAAAUCUGACGAAGAAGACAGAAAAAUUAGUAAAUCCCUCAAGAAAAUCAUCAAAGCCUUCAACAAGGAUUAUGCGACGUCAUGUAGAGCUAUUCUUGAGGAGUUUCCCAUGGUUGACAUCCAGCUGCUGAAGAUUGACAACAAUGUGGCUUCCGUUGUCUCGAGUUAUGAGGAUUCCGCUGUGCGGACAGCCAGCGACAUCGCUGACCUCAAGAAAAAGUCUUCCAUGAUCGAGAAGAACCGCGCACUCAUCAAACACAUGCGAGACCAGGCGCAGAGCUACGUUAAAAACGUCGACAAUGCUCUCAAGAGAAUCAAAACAGCAUUUAUUUGGUGAACUGGAUUUCAUCAUUGAAUAAUCUAUGGACAUAAACUUUUUUUUAGAAAUGUCUGUUCUUUUCAUAUAUUCAUCCCAUCGCACAGAAAUAGGUGAAUUGGGUUUUCAUGGUUUAAUAUUUCAGACUUCCAUUUUUGAAAGAGUAAAAACAAUACCCCUCAAAAUGUUGAGGAGAAAAUCACACUUGUCAAACUAAUCAGUGUUAAAUGGGAGGUGUGGUUUGUUCAGAUACAAGUAUUACAUAUAAUAACUGAUUAUAUGUUUUAACUGUUAAGCUAGCCAUCCAUUCAUAUGCGAUCCAUGUACGUGUCCGUGAGAAAUCGCUACAUAGGGAAGACAUUGCGAAGUAUCCAUCAGUCCGAAUCCAUGAGGAAUCACUCUGUGAGCAAUUUUUCACUGAGAUGGAUGUGUUAUUUCAAAAGUUAGCAUGACAUCAAUGACUGGGAUAUUGGGGUUUUUUUUUCAUAUUUAGAGUGUUUUCACGUAUUUUAACACAUAUUUAUUGAUGUUCAAUUCACGCAUACGCAGACACAGAUCACGUAUGAAUAGACGGCUAGCUUAACACUUAGUAACACAUGCAGUGUUUUAGCAUCCCUCAGAUUGAAACACUGGACGUGCAGUGACAGUUGCCUUCAAAAAUUAAAGAUUAUAAUUUGUAUCUAAAUGACAAAUGAUAUGAUUGUUUUUCUCUGAAUUGUGAAGAUGAUAGGAUUGUUUGUAGUAUUUGUCAAUGCAACAUUGACACCAAUAUAUCAACUGGUUAAUUUUUUUAGGUAAUAUUUUUAAAAUUAAUUUCACUGAAAACCUUAAGAUCUAAAAUACUGUGAUAUAUAAAUUGUAGUUUUGCCACUUGUAGUUAAACUUUAAAUGGUUAAAUUGUAAUAUAUACGUAUAUAUUCCUAUGAGUUAAUUAUAUUUUCUGUUAAAUUUCUUAUCAAUGUUUAUACGAUUGUUUAUUGGUGAUGGUACAGAAAUGUGAUAGCAACCCAGUCUUGCAGUACUGUGAUAUUUUUGUUCUGUUGAAUUAAUAAAUAUUCUUUAAUAUUAAUAAUUUAUAAUUUAUAGUGAGUAGGGCUGUGUUAUGUAAUGUCAGCAUGAGCUGAAACAGAUAUAACCGUAGCUAUACGAUAAGACAUAUAUUAUUGCUUGUUAGACAAGGCUAACAACAUAGGUUUUUUUUAGGUGGUGGUUGUUUUGUUAGGUGGGUGUUUUUUUGUUGUUGUUUUUUUCUUUCUUUCUUUUCUUAUAAAACCUAUACUAGGUUAAGGGAUGUGAUGUACUGGUAAAUAAUGUUAUUGUAAAGACAAUCAAUUUCCUUUAUAAAAAUAACAUUUAUUACAGUAUACUAUGUGCUGUUAAUGUUGCUUUGUUUACAUUUUCGAAUAUGGAUACAAUCAACAUUAAAAAAAAGUGCUCAUUUGGCUGUAUUUUUAAGAGUGGCUAAAAGUCGUAACCCCCAAAAACAUAUAUUGAUUCCACCCAUUACAACAUUUGAGUCUUUAUUCCAGACUGAAAGUGAUAAUUUUUGUUUCAUAUAAUGCUAUGACAUAUGAACGUUUUGAACAGUGCAAGGGUGUGUGCUGUGAGACGUUUUUUUUUAUAUAUAUGAAGAUUCCAUCUAUAUUAAAUUUAAUAAUAAAAUAUGGGGAGCAUGCAUGCCUCAUAUUCUCAGUUCUGUACAUUUAAUGGGUGAUAAAUUUCUGGAGCCAAUUCCACAAAACAUUGUGGGUUGAAUUUAUGAAGCCUAUUUUUUUUAAACAUAGGAUUUUAAGCAUUGUAAAUGUAUGUAGUUACGUAAACAUGUGUCAGACAUAAACAGGCUUUGUAAAUUUGGCCCUGUACGUUUAUGUCUGUGAUUAGCAGUUAUACCAGUUGUAUAUUACAUGAGUUUGGCAUCUGUUUUACACACAAUUAUAUCAUUACGGAAGAUGGAUCAAUGUAAGGACAAAAGAAGAAAAUAAAGAAAAUAUGUGUCCUUCAAAUUAUAUUGUACUGUUGAUAAUAAUACAAAUUGUGGUUUAGUUGUAGAUUUACGUGUACAUUCGCAUGCAAAUUUAAUCUUUGACAUUUUGUGAAAUUCGGUCCUGAAACUAAAUCUAGGUGACUGGGUAUACAGACACCAUAGCCAUCUUCAGUUGGUCUGAUUGAGCUCAGUAUUAACUAUACUUAAAGGUCCUAUGUCAAAGUUAAAACUACAUUAUUCUCACAUUUAUGCAGUUUUACCAUACAUGUAAUUAACUCUAAAAUAAUCAUUUUAAAAUGUCUUGCACUAUACACAAGAGAGUUUUACCGAAUAAUUUUUGCCUAAAUAUAGCAUGGCCACCAUCUUUGUAUUUUUUGUCAGCUGACUGCAAAGAAUUUUGAGUAAACCUAAGUGGCUUGAAUGUGUAUGCAUAAAACGGUAAUGUCACUGGUUAAUGUGUGUGACACACUCUCAUGAUUCCCCCCUAAAAUAAUUUUUGUUUCUACUAGUAAAUGGAAUUGUUUGGUUUCAAUUUUUUAUUGGCAUAUAGCUGAAGGUAUAAACUUUAUGUUUCAAAGAAAAACGUCAUAAAUAUUUUUGGUGGGAAUCCGGUGGCUAAUAUUGCAGCUUUAACACAGUACCUUUAACAUUUCACUUUUGAGUUAAGCUGAUCAUUGUGAUAGUGAUUUUUAUCAAAAUGUAGUUUUGUCAUUAAAGUCCAAGACAGCCUUGAGUAUCUGUAUUUUAUUACAACAGCUGCCUGCAUGGUCUUUGGCUUUUUUGUGAUAUUUCAUUUCUCCCUAUAUUUUUUAAUGAGGCUAUUCCUGUUCAUAACUGUAUUGUCAGGAUUUAAGCAUUUUAUGUCUUUACUUGUUUAUAUUUACAUAAAUUUGUACAUAUUUUUUUCCAUGUAUUAAAUAAUCUGUGAUAUUUUAAGAUUAUAUGAAUGUUUAGUCAAUCAGGAUCAAACCCAACUAAGUAAAGGGAGGUAACUGUUGAAAUUAACCAAGAGUUUAGAAAUGGCAAAACGUUUAAAGGGAUAUUCCUGAGUUUGCUGCAAUUUUUAAGAUGUUGUCGACUAACAGAGACUUUUUGAUGACUCUAAUUACAGAUCAAAUAUAUUUUUCUGCAUAAAAUAUUAGUAGCUGUAUAU